AAUACUUAAUGUGUAAGGUGGCAAUAUGCCUUGGUGGCAACAAACUUUUUCCGCAAAAAAUCAAUAUUGUGCGAAAAUUAGUGAAAAUGACAACAGUUCUUAGAGUUUUCAAUGGAAAUGGUGUUUUUUUAGUAAUUUUAUCAGUAGUUUUUCUCCAGAAUGCAUCCACACUUCAUAGGACACUCCGACAUUACGAGAUACUCCGCAGCGAAGAUUGUAGACACAAAAUUGUUAAGCGCGGUAUUAAACACAGUUCACACCCCUAUAACGUGAUCAAGGAGGUAGAGUUCAAGACCUUGGGGAAACAUUUUCGACUGAUACUUCACCCACAUCGGGAAGUCUUACACAGUAACUUCAAGGCGUACACGGUAGAUGGCGAUGGAAAUGAGACGGUGGUACAUCUGGAUCAUGAUAAUUAUUACACCGGACGUGUAUUCGGUGAAAUGGAAUCAUCUGUUCGAGCGCACAUCGAUGAUGGUUUGAUGACUAUGUCCAUACAUCUACCGGAUGAAACAUAUCACGUAGAGCCAUCAUGGCGACACUUGCCUUUGGAAGCGGGAAAAACUAUGGUAGCAUAUAGAACGUCUGAUAUGAAAUUGAAUUGGAACAAGAAUAAUAAUGGGCUGAGUGGUGCGCCCAUGACAUGCGGUUAUGUCAAAGAGGGAUUAGAUUUAGAAAUAGAUGAAGAUGAAGAUAUAGAUCGACAUUCGCACCAUUCUCAAACACUGCUGUUACAAAAAGAUGACGGGGACGACAGUGCGCAUAAACGUAAAAAACGACAAGCGGAUCAAUAUGAGUACACACCCACUAAAACUCGGUGUCCACUUUUACUAGUAGCCGACUACCGUUUCUUUCAAGAAAUGGGAGGUGGGAAUACCAAAACGACUAUAAAUUACUUGAUAAGUCUUAUUGAUCGUGUGCAUAAAAUUUAUAACGAUACUGUAUGGCAAGAUCGAACAGAUCAAGAAGGCUUUAAAGGUAUGGGUUUUGUGAUAAAGAAAAUUGUUGUUCACUCAGAGCCGACCCGGCUACGUGGUGGAGAAGCUCAUUACAAUAUGAUUCGUGAAAAAUGGGAUGUACGCAAUUUAUUGGAGGUGUUUUCGAGAGAAUAUAGUCAUAAAGAUUUUUGCUUAGCACAUCUCUUUACUGAUCUAAAAUUUGAAGGCGGUAUACUAGGUUUGGCUUAUGUAGGUUCUCCACGUCGCAAUUCCGUUGGUGGGAUUUGUACACCAGAGUAUUUUAAAAAUGGGUACACUCUGUAUUUAAAUUCGGGAUUGAGUAGCUCACGGAAUCAUUAUGGACAGCGUGUCAUAACACGCGAAGCAGAUUUGGUAACUGCGCAUGAGUUCGGCCACAAUUGGGGAUCGGAACACGAUCCGGAUAUACCGGAAUGCUCACCCAGUGCCUCACAAGGGGGAAGUUUUCUUAUGUACACAUAUUCUGUAAGCGGUUAUGACGUUAAUAAUAAGAAAUUCUCACCGUGCUCUCUACGUUCAAUACGUAAAGUUUUGCAAGCGAAGUCAGGUCGUUGCUUUUCCGAGCCCGAAGAAUCGUUCUGUGGAAACUUGCGAGUUGAGGGAGACGAGCAAUGUGACGCUGGUCUGCUCGGGACCGAGGACAAUGAUGCAUGUUGCGAUAAGAACUGUAAAUUACGUCGAAAUCAAGGUGCCAUGUGUAGCGAUAAAAACUCGCCAUGCUGCCAAAACUGCCAAUUUAUGCCGGCUGGCAUGAACUGCCGAGACGCGCAGUAUGCCACCUGUGAACAGGAAGCACGUUGUUCGGGAACGCAUGCAGAGUGUCCAAAAUCACCACCAAUGGCAGACGGAACAAUAUGCCAAGAACGCGGUCAAUGUCGCAACGGCAAAUGCAUACCGUACUGUGAGACACAAGGCUUGCAGAGCUGCAUGUGUGACAUCAUACAGGAUGCGUGCAAGCGUUGCUGUCGCAUGAGCAUAAAUGAAACAUGCUUUCCGGUAGAACCGCCGGAUAUGUUGCCCGAUGGAACACCGUGCAUACAAGGAUUCUGCAAUAAAGGUGUAUGUGAAAAAACGAUACAAGAUGUUGUAGAACGCUUUUGGGACAUUAUCGAAGAGAUAAAUAUUAAUCGAGUUUUGCGCUUUUUGAAAGACAAUAUUGUCAUGACCGUUGUAGUAAUCACAUCCAUAUUCUGGAUACCUGCCAGUUGUGUAAUUUCAUAUUUUGAUCGAAAAAAACUAAGACAUGAAAUUAAACAGAUGGAAUGGAGUCGUAAACUCGACUUAAUACAUCCCAGCGAUCGCCGACGCGUUAUACACAUCAGAGUCCCCCGUCAAAAAAUAUCUGUGCCUCGCAUGUAAAACUUCCUGUUCGUCGAUCGCAGCGGUGGUAUGGUUUGUUAAGUGCGAUGGGCGUCAUACGAAAAUCUGUGUCCGCAUGGGUGCAUAUGUAUAAAUUAACAAGUUCAAUGAAAAUAUGGUGACGCACAAGAACCUUGUAAAUGCGUACGUGUAAAUAGUGUAUAGCUUUGACUGAAAGUAUUUGGACUUCGUAACCAAUGAAUGGUAUUCCUGCUUUUAAUUGUGAUUUUAAAUUAAAAAAGCAUCAAUAACACCUUCAUUUAACAUAUAUGCCCUCUAUUACAUACUAUGGUUUAUAUAUAUAUAUUUGGUUAAACUGGUUUUAACAAACCAUUAGCCCGUGGUCAUAAAAUAUAAAAAUGUAUUUACGAUAAGCACGGUUUUAACGUUGUCAUAGUAAAAUUAAAACACUUUUUAUACUAAGACGGCGUUCUACGUUUAAACUGCGGGAAAUCUGAAAUACUCAACCAUAUUGCUAAUUCCAUGUGAAUAAAUUGUUCCCAUAAUUUAAAAUGUAGCACAAAAACAAAUUGCGAAAGAUUAUUAUACC